CUUCCCAUCUGACUGGAAAAGUGCGUGUACAAAUAAGUAUGGACCUAAAGGCUGCUCACGCCAGGUGUCGCCUAAUAAUACUAGCAGCGCUGCGCCUUUAAGAGGGAAACAUAAUCGGUCGCCCAUUUGGAGCGCAAGGCUUCAUGAAUUAGCAGCGAGAGGCCAUAAUUGUACGGUUCUGUUCCAGAUCCACUUUAUUUCUCUUGUUCACUUGGACUACAGCACAAAAUCCGGAUUAAGUUACGCACGGCUCCUUUAAGAAGCUGCACCGGGAUUAGAGUUACGCGCACGAGCCAAAUCGCGUCCGGUGGCUUUUACUCACAGAAACACUUGCCACUCAGCACCGCCUCGAACGCAGCACGCCAUGGCCGAGACCGGGAAGGGGGUCACCGCCGGGAAACUGGCCAUCACGGUCCAGAAGAGGUUGAGCAGAGCGCAGGAGAAGGUUUUGCAGAAACUCGGCAAAGCGGACGAGACAAGAGAUGAGGUCUUUGAGGAGAUGGUGGCCAACUUCAACAAGCAGAUGGGCGAAGGUACCAAGUUGCAGAAGGAUCUAAAAGCCUACCUGACAGCAGUGAAGACGAUGCACGAGACAUCUCGGAGGCUACAGGACUGUCUGGCCGACAUGUACGAGCCUGAAUGGUUCGGCAAAGAAGAGAUGGACACCCUAGUGGAGGAGAUGAUAGAGAAGGAGAUGGACAAUAACUUGGAGGACACAGACACACAGUGGUUGGACUUCCAUCAGAACAUCACAGACAAUUCGGUGCUCAGCAUGGAUUCCUACCUGGCUCAGUUUCCUGACAUCAAGGCUCGCAUUGCAAAGCGUGACAGGAAGAUGGUGGACUUUGACAGCGCCAGGCAUCACUUUUCUUCCUUACAGAAAGGCAAGAAGAAGGAUGAGGCCAAGAUCGCCAAGCCUGCGGCCCUGUUGGAGAUGGCGGCGCCGAGCUGGGCUCAGGGUUUGCUGUCUGCCCACCAGGUGGCUCAGACUAACCUCUCCUACAACCAGGCCGAGGAGGAGCUGGGUCGCGCUCAGAAGAUUUUUGAGGAGCUGAAUGUGGAGUUACAAGACCAGCUUCCAGUGCUGUGGGACAGUCGUGUUGGCGUCUAUGUUAACACAUUCCAGAGUUUGGCGGCUCAUCAGGAGAAGUUCCACAGAGAGAUGAGCAAGUUGAGUCAAAACCUGAAUGACAUCAUGACCAAACUGGAAGAACAGCGGCAGCUCAAAAAAGAUGGCACUACAGCAGCCAAGACCGUACUUGCUGGAAAGAGUGAAGAAGCCAACCACAGCCGGGCGGCCACCUCACCGACGAGGCCUGGCCCGCCUCCCAGCCGGCCUCCUCCGUCGCAGAGGCCGCAGCAUGACGAGUCGCUCGAUGAUGACAUCUCUGAUAUUAACGCAGAGCCCACAACACCACAGGAGGGCUCUUGGGACUCGUGGGUAAGAAUGGACUCUUCCGUUUUAGUUUGGGCUUCACUUGUCACUUCACAUGUCUACUGCAUGUUGACGCCCACUCACCUACUAAACCCCUCCCAUCCAACCCCCUUCCUUCUCCUGCAACGUUCCACAAACUUUAACCUCCAGCAUGAGGAGACGGCUGCCGAUGGUGAGGAGCGGCUCCAAGAGCAGCUUCAGGUUGGAUGGGAUUAUAAUGCUCAGACCAACUGGGACUCUAACGACGCCAGUGUGGGGCCGGGGGGCUGGGGACAUGAUGAAGCGCAGAGUUCUUCAUCCAACAGCUCGGACUAUGAGCUUCCUCCUGGAUUCCUCUACAAGGUGAAAGCGAUCCAUGAAUAUGCUGCCACUGAUGGUGACGAGCUGGAGCUGACCAUCGGCGAUGUUGUGCUGGUUGUGGCCUUUGAUAACCCAGAUGAGCAAGAUGACGGCUGGCUCAUGGGUGUGCAGGAAUCUGUUUGGAAACGCAGCAAAGACAUUUCAUCCAAAGGCGUCUUCCCCGAGAACUUCACCCAGAAGUUUUGAGGUUGAAGAUGUACAAUAUCUGGGAUAGAACAAAUGAAAUAGCAAAUGAUUGUUUUUUGUGUCUGAAAUGGUGCCAUUAAAAAAAGGAAUCUAGACCUCAUCCAAGGCUAAAUUAAACUGAAUAUGCGUUUGAACUGUAAUUAUUCACGGAAGGUAUCCGCUACUGUUUGUAGUUCACAUGUUUUAUAUAUGGCUGGGUUGGAACCACAGUCCGUGUCACUUCCGGUAUGACACUUGGGGGGGACACUUGCUCAAUACGGCCAGAUAUAAACUCAGUAUCAUCUAGGUACAAUGUUUGGCAGAUUGAAAUGAUUUGCUCCAAUUGUGUGAGUGUGCAUGGUGUGUUGCAUGAAGACAUAACAUAAAAUAGACAUAAAACAGCGGUGAAAGCUUAUCUUCCGCAUCAGACGUAAUGAAUGUGGUGUCAACAUAGCAGAUGAAAAUAGCGCUUUUAACAUAUGGAUUUGUAUUUUUUACACCAAGUCGAUGUGCAUGGCUCCAUUCUCGUGUGUCCAUCGUUUCCCUGCGUUGUUUUCCAUGAGGGUGUAGCGUCUGAACAUUUUCUUGCAUUCUUGGGGGUAUAUUUAUUGUGUUUAAAAUGGACGCCAAGCAUUUAAUCCAGCCCACCGGGCAUUUCCAAAUUCCUUUUUUUUACACCUUUUAACAUGGAAGUUGUAGCAGGCAACAUGACUUGCAGAGCUGUUCUGGCACGCUUGUGUCACCAACAUAGCUUAUACAAAUAAGUGAUCCAAACAACACAACGUGUCAACACAUAGGGCACACAAAGUACUGCACCAUGUGGGCAUAAAUAUAAUAUCCAUGUACUAUACCCAUACCAAGAAAACAUCCACGUAUAGUAUUCCUGCCGCAAGGCAUGCUGAGUAACUUGGGGUUUUCAGAAAAGGAAACAAGGAGGAGUUAACAUAAUCUUGAUAGCCUAUUUUGUAUUGUUCAUAGUGUUGUUGCUGUUUGCAGUUGGACGACCCAGCAUGCCUUGCGGGCAUUUGGAAAUCACAGUUUUAAGUUAUGUGCUCUGAUUAGCGUUUAGUUGUUGUUUAUCACCCACUUAGCAGUUAUGUGAUGUGUUAACUUGCUGCGUGUGUUUUGUUGCACUGUGAGCAAGUAUGUUCUGUUUCAUGACCACCAGAGUAUAAGCGCCCCCCUCUAAAAAGUGUUCACCCUUGUUUUGGAUGAAGCGGUAUGAGGAAAUGACUAAUCUAUAGUUUUCUGUUGUGAGGCAAUUGUGUCUGUGUUUACCUUUUUAUGAGUAUUUUCGAGUUCCAACAAUAUUUUAGUAUCAAUUUUGCAUUGUUGUCAGUCAAACUCGGGUGUGUUCUUUUUUCCCUUUAUGAUGGACUAUCAUUGUAGUAAUAACUAUCAUAGUAAUAACUUUUUUCCAAAAUUUUCCACUGACUUGGCGUGAUGUCUAGCUACAAAUACACUUGUCUGACACCCAACUGCUUGAGCCAGUGACGACUCCACCCGGAUGCGUACCCGAUCACCCAGCAAUUUGUGCCGAGAUCAGCUACAAUUUGGAAACAAGUGACAAAGGCAAGACGCUAUGGAUGUGGUGUGUCACUGCCAUACGUUGAAUGUUGCAUUAAAAACAGAACUUGCAUCAGGAGGCCAUGUUGAGAUGAUGACAGGGAAGUGACUUGUGUCCAAGACCAGUACCCUGAAGGACACCACUAUAACUACCACCACAAGAUUGUUCAAUGAUGGAAAUGUCAGUGUGUCUAUUCUUGUGCAUUAAGGACACUUAUAAUUAUUAUGCAGAUGAAAACUUACAUAAAGCAGUCACAUAAUAGUUAUUAAAGAUGGAUGAAGCCUGUGUUGUCUUUUCCUUACACUUGGGAUUUACCAUUUUGGAUAAAAAUUGACAAACAUUAGGGUGUCAGGCAGGGGCGCCGCCAGAAAUUCUGUGUCCCAUAAAAAAACAAUU